CUAGAAUUAAAGAAAGAUUAGAUGAAUUUUAUUCGAAAGCUUAUCUUGAUAGUUCAUUAAGAACCUAUCAUCCGGAAAAAGUUAGAAGGAUGUUGAUCUCGGCUAUGGAUCCUUCUAUGCUUGUUGGAUUUUUAGUUAGGAGUGAAGAAGAAUGGGAAGAUUUGACUGUUCGGAUUCGAUCUUAUAAACCACCAUUGUUUCAUAUUGCAGAUGUCACACCAUCAUGGAUGAAACCCAGUACAAAAGAAAGUAAUGGAAGUAAUCAAUCACAAAGACCAUCAGAUGAUAGUGAUCUAGGUAUUGAUUCAUGGUCAGAACAAGAAGAUGAUUGGGUAGAAGGAGGAACUCAUCCACACUCAUCUAAGACCGGUUCAAGCUCUUCUGAUAAAUCGAUUGAAGAAUCUUCUAGACCGGUUGAGAUGGAUGAGAGUGAUGAAGCUCUUAAAUUACAACAAGAACAGGAUCGGAAUGGAUCGAGGAUGCAAGGACUUGAGGAUGAAGAAUGGGAUGAGAUUGAGGAUGGACAUGGUGGGAUUGAAACUCGAGAAGAAGAAGCAGAAGAUGAAGAUGAAGUUUUGAAUGAGAUUGGUAGUGGUAGUGGGAGUGGGAAUCGAAGUGAUACACUUCGAGCCAAUAAAUUACAAGUCUCGAUUACCCAAGCAUUAUCUUCAUCAUCAUCAUCAUCAAGUACUUCAAACCAAACCCAAUUAAACCAACUAACUUUACAAAAAAACUCUUUAGAUCCCAUGAAUAGUAGUCAUCAUAGUACAACAAAAAGGUUAAAUAGGUUAUCAUCAGAAGAUUUGUUUUCGAUACUUGAUCAAGAGAAAAGAAAACUUGAAAAGACUAGAGUUCAUACACAUCAAACUUCUAAAUCUUUGUCGAUCCCAUUCAACGUCUUUCCAUCGAAUCAUAAUCCUAAUCCUAAUCCUCAUCUUGAUCCAUUACCUAGUUAUCCUAGCUAUGCAGUUGGGAGUGGGAGUGGAGGGGUAGAUGAAGGUGGACCUGUUGAUGCGGAAUCUCAGGCUAGGUCUAGGAACGUUUCGGCUGCUACUGUUCGUGGUAGUGGAAAUGGAAGUGGGAGUGGGAAUGGAAGUGGGGGUGGAAGUGGGAAUCAUAAUGGGAUUAGAAAUGAUGAUCAGGAUGGAGAAGAUGGAAUCGAACCGGUGAAUGGUUUUAGAGCUGUUUUAGCUUAAUGAUCAAUUUUUUCUCUUCAUUUCUUAUUUUUUCUGUUGUUGGAAUUUGGUUUUUGAUUUUGAUUUGAUUUUUUUUUUGGUAUAAUUGAUAAUUAAAAUUUUUUUGAAGUAUAUAUAUAAAUCUAGUGUAAAGAGCAAAGUUUAAAUAUCUGUGAUGAUGAUGGGGGGUUUCUUUAUUUAUUUUUGGUGAUUUUUCUUUGAAAAUUGGAUUUUAUUUUUAUUAUUUUGGAUUUUUUUUUGUAAAGAAAUUUUAUCAUUCAAAUUCAGAGUGCUUGAGUAUAUAU